AUGCAAGCAUUGGCCUUUCUGCAAGAUCUCAGACAAGUAUGCAAGCACAAGAGCAAACGUUCCAGCCCACCAUCUCCCUGCCACAUCCGGGGGAAUAGGGCCAGAAAGGAACGCGCCUACGUCAUUGACGUAGACUAUGCUGGCCGUUCACGUUGGGGUUCAUUCCUGCGUUGGUGUUCACUGCACAAAUCACCAGGUGCAAACAAAAACCCACGUCUUGUGAGACUCCAAGAGGAAGCUCAAGAGGAAGCUGAGAGAAAGAUGAUUGGCCUCGACCACACAAAUGAGAACAACAAUAACGAAGUGAGCACCAUUGAAAUCAGACCUUGCGAGGAACCAACUACCAGACUGCCCGUCAGCACCAACUCUGACUCCGCUGUCGCCAUGGAUGGUAUUCAAUCUUCAUCCACCUUGUCUACCUCGGAUACAGAUUCCUUGAGGAAUGGCAUCAUCAUCAGUAAAGAUUCGGCCAAUGGGAAGCAAGACGUAUCUCAAGGGAACCAAAGUUUGUCUGAAAUCAAGCCAACCACAUCCAGCAAGCACUGUGUCAGAUCUUGCUUUUCAAUUCUAGCAGCGUUUGUCCAGAUCUUCCUGAUUAUAUCCUGUAUAUUUGCCACACUGUGGUCUGUGUCAUCGUUCCAUGGUGUCUGCUGGCAUACUUUGUGGGAGUGGGUGACAACUUCCAUCAUUGCCAUUGUCAUCCAGGCUGUCAUCUUGGACACACUUAAGGCUGUUGUAGUGACUGUAAUGAAGAGACAUAGUGACAAAAGAGCCACCACAUCCUUAGUCAUUCCUCACCCAUUCAGUCAGUAAACUAGAUCGAUGACCUUUCAUCACACGUUACUUGUAAUGCAGAAUCUCAGCAUCUGUGGUAAUCUUCUCAGUGGCAUAUUAGUGGAUUUCAAAAUGCCAGUAAGUUACAUAUAUUUUGAAAUCUAGAUAUUUAGCUGAUAUUCAAGUUUCAUACAUGCACCAAACGUGCAUGUCACACUUCAAGCAUUACUGUCCUUGUUUUGGUGGAUAAUACAUGCAUUAGAAACAAUUAUGGGAAAAUGUUCAUAAAAAUAAUCUGACUUCUUUGGAAAGGAAAAUUUCAUUCAAAUGCGAAACCUUGUUAUUCAAACUUGUUAUUCAAAGUUGUGCAAGACACAAGUUGACUAUGACUAUGAUUCAAUAUAAGGUAACACUGAAAUUAUGUUACAAGUUUCAAUGUGAAUCUUUCAACUUAAAAGAUACUUUUGGAGUGCAUUUCUACUUAAUUAAUCUUGUCAUCAGCACUUGAAGAAGCUUAAAAGCUACGUGCACUGGAAAGCGUCUUGCGAAAAAUAAAUCGAAUAAAAAAAUAACGUGUCUUACUAUGGACAUGAAAAAUUCAUUCAAAUGGAAAAUCGUAUUGUUCAAAUUUGUAAAACAAUCUCAAGCUUUUUAUGUAUUCUUGUAGAGGAUAGAGAAAUUUGUUACCCCCUAAAAUUGAAACGGACCAGUCCUUAAGUUACUCAGUGGCCCUACCCCUGGACUUAUGGUAGAACCCAAAGGACAGGAUGUUUGCUCUGUUGACUGUGCUGGUCACUUGAGGCAGACUUAAGUGAACCCACAAUCAGCAAGUGUCCUUCUCUGCCCUUUGUCCACAGCAUGUUGGCCGCCCUCUCCCCGAAAAUUCGGUUGUGGAUCCGCCUUUGACCACACCUGAUCAAUUUUGAAAG